CUGCAAUCUGACUCGCAAGGCCAGCCGUCGUCCAUCCGCUAGCGCACAGAGCGCGCGCGCGCACCAGCAGCAGAGCCAGCUCGCGCUCCCCGCUUCCGGCCGGCCGCGAUGGCGCCCUCCACCUCCACUACGGCCGCCGCGGCGGCGGACGAGAGGGACCGCAAGCGCAAGCGCGGACCCGGCGGCGAGGAGGGGACGGAGGCGGAGGCGGAGGCGGAGAGGACGCCCAGGUGGCGGACGCGGCGGGAGCACGAGAUCUACUCCAUCAAGCUGCUCGACGCGCUGCGCCUCGUGCGCGCCGGGGGCGUCGGCGUCGCCCCGUCCCCGGCGCCGGCGCGCGAGGUGCGCGACGCGGCCGACCGCGCGCUCGCCGUCGCUGCCCGCGGCCGCUCCCGCUGGAGCCGCGCCAUCCUCGCCUCCCGCCGCGCGCGCCGCGUGCACCGCGUGCGCCUCCACGCUCCGGCGCCGGCUCUUGCCCCGCCACGGCGCGCUUCGCCGGGCGCGUCCUCCUCCUCCUCCGGCUCGAGAACCUCCUCGACGGCGCCGGCGCUGGCGAGGAAGGCGAAAGAGUUGGGGAGGCUGGUGCCGGGGUGCCGGAAGCUGCCGUUCCCGGCGCUCCUGUCAGAGGCGUCCGACUACAUCGCCGCGCUUGAGAUGCAGGUCCGCGCCAUGGCCGCGCUCGCGCAGGCCCUCUCCGCCGUCUCCCCGCCGCCGUGAUCCAUCCAUCCACAACCCCAAGAUCCCCCGCGAAUCAGCGACGCGCGUCGGCGCAUGUACAUUUUCUUCCCCCAUGCGUGCCGCUCCAGUGUGCGACGACGGAUCGACGACGCGCCACGCCGGCGAUUGUCAGCCCGGCCGGCCGCGUCCGUGCAUGCCAGUAGGAAGAAGAAGAAGAAGAAGAAGAAGAAACAGUAGCAGUUCAUUGUAGAUUCUUUGUUAGCGUUUUUGGUUUGCUCGGGAGUGUGCCCGCUAAUCUAAAUCCGUAAAUGCAUGAGAUUUUCAGUACA